AAUAACUUUUUUGAAGCAGUCUCCUCGCGCCGGUGACGGAACCCUAAGUAAGCAGUGCGAAGUAGGCGACCGAAUCAAGGAGGAAGCGGAAUGUCGAACGGUACAGAACAGGUGAAUCCACCGCCGGAUCACUCGAAGUCGAGGAAGCGUUCGGCGCCGUUAGACAGUUGGUUACCUGAUGGUUGGAGAGUUGAAGAUAAGGUUCGAACCUCCGGUGCUACAGCUGGUUCGGUGGAUAAGUACUAUUACGAACCAGUCACAGGGCGUAGGUUUCGGUCCAGGACCGAAGUGCUGUACUACUUGGAACAUGGAACCACCCCUAAGAAAGGAAGCAAGAAAGCAGAUUUCAAUCCAGACCAUUUGGAAGGCCAAGGAAGGAGUAAAUCCAGCAGAAAAGCUAAAGAGCAGCCGCCACCACCGCCACCGCCACGGCCAUUGAACUUUGAUUUUGAGAAUGCACCAGAUAAGGUAAGCUGGUCUAUGGCGAACUCGGGAGAGGAAGCUUGGUUGCCUUUUGUUGGGGACGACAAGGUUCAAGAUUCAGUGAGAAGAGAUUGGUGCGCUGCCUUUACUGCUGUCACGACCAAAAACCCAAGUAAACUGUCGCUGUAGAGACGAUGAUGUCUCGGUGGCGAUUUUUUGGGCUGUGGCAUGUAUUAAAACUUUAACGGAGAUGGUAGAGUUAGUUAACUGCAGCAAUGCUUUCUUAGUAUUUACAUGAUUUAAGUUAAUUGUAUCGCUAAUUUUCUUAGCAUUUUUGGAGGAUA